GCUGAAAUUGAAAGCUACAUGUAUACGCAAACCGGAGUAGACUCGAGCUGGAAAAACUCGGGCAAACUUUGCCGAUUGUGGAUGCAACUUUUCAUUUUUUGGUAGGCAGAGACACCAUAAGAUGAACUCUGAAUACCUCCUGUGCAAUGGAUUAGGUGAUACAACAACAUCACAAUGGACUCUGAUAGUGAAGACAUUGAUCCUCAUCCGCUUCCUGGGGGUGCUGCUCCAACGCCCAUACAGAGGACCAGUUCACCUGAUCUUGGUAAUUUUCUUGAUCCUCUCUUAGCCCUAACUCCGGAUAAACCACAGAGAACAAGUUUUCUAUCGGGAGCCAGUCAAAAACAGAGGAGAGAAGAAAUUAGGAAAGAAAGUGGACCAAAUAAAGAGAACCGUCGUUCUCUUCCUGGACAACCAAGCAAGAAUAGUGAUAGAGAUCAUAAGCAGGGUAAGGCAAGUCCAUUCCUUGUAUCACACCCAGGUGUUCUGUUUCAGCAAGAGAGAACUAAUCGAGACCAAGCAUUACAGAAAAACUUAAAGAUCAUCAAGCAUGGCAUUGCGGGGAAGGAUGUGACAAAGGAAGCCAGGAGUAAGGAUGAAAUCGCUGCAUCAAGAAUAAACAAACUCACCAAAGCCAGUUCAGUUGGUGUUCCAAAGAAUGUGGCUCUCCCAAAGAAAUCGACCACUGUUCGAUCGUGUGUGCACAACAGACAAAAGCCAUCGGAACGGACUGGUGCCACGAGUAAGAAGCAUGUGCGCAUUGUUGACCCGAAGGCUCCGCUGGCUACUCCUGAACUCCAUUCCACAGGCGCGUUAGGCCAUCAGCUCAAACAACUGGAAGCUCAGACAUUUGAUGCCGAAGAGGUCGUGGUCAAGACAUUGCAGGAUUCUGAAGCGGCACGAUUGGCUUUCAGCGAGAGAGUAGCGGAAGCUGCCAAUGUUAACAGGAAUGAGAAGAAAUACUCUGGUCUUGUCAAUGUUGGUGUACCAGUUGAAACCACCCUUCAAAGGGCCAUAACACAGCGCCUCUCCAGAGUGAAACACAGGACACAAAGACCAUCUAAGGCAUCGGAGGUCCCUCCUCCGGAUAUUCUAGAGAUGUUCUCCCAUUCUAUGAUAGUGGAAUCUGCCAACUUAGAUACCAGUGGACUUGUACCCCCAAAGGUCAAAGCAGCUCCGGUUGACCCUGAUAUGACCUUCGACCUUUACCGACAUAUGCAAUGUUGGGAUCUUGGAUAUUGAAUUGCAUGUGAUUUUUAAUUGGACUAUCUUUUCAGCCAUGUGACUGGUUUGCUGAUACAUGUACAUAGGAGAAUGAUGCAUACUUGCCAAUGUACUUGAUCCUUAUAUUAAAGGGGUACUCCAGGGGUGGAAAUAAUAUGAGUUGAACAGAUAAAAUCAGACAAUCAUAAUACAGAGUGCAUGUCUUCAUUAAUAUGGUAUGCAGUGAGCAAGCUGAUGAUAUCAUAUCCCCACUUUAUUCUCUUGUAUAGAAAUGAUAUUUAUUCAAAUUUUGUAUUCCAAGAAUGUUUAAAGAAUUAGAUUCACUACUGAAUUAUUGUGUUAGAUAGUCAUUUUUUGAAACUUAAUUUGAUACAAGGGAGACAUAUCCUACACACAUGUACAUGUAUGAAAUACAUGUAAUUACGAUUUCAUGUAGUGACAUAAAAAGGAAAGUGGGAACAUGACAUCAUCAGCCUAUUUUGCUUGGUGAAUUUUGCUCUAUUCAGAUAUAAUUAUUAUUGUAAGCCCGGAGCACCCCUUUAAUGAUGGAGACCAAUUAAAAAUCAGAUGAUGGCGGUAAUUGCUACAUGUUGAUGGAGUUGCUGUGAUGUAUAUGGUGGACCUGACUAACUUGUAUUUCUGGCACACUCAUUUAGCAAGUUGAUAUGACAAUGAUUGUGGUGGUUAAGUGGAAAACAGUUGCAGAUCCAGGGAAUCAGGGAAUUUCCAUCCAUGCACACCAAAAUGUAAUUUUGAGAAAAGUAUUAAAGUAACAAAGUAAGGUGUUUGUGUUAGUGUUGAGACUGAUAACAUAAAUCAGGUUGCCUUACCUAGCUACAUGUACAAAACUGAUUGUUGGUUUAGAAAUAAUGUCACCAAUCUUUAUUGAAAGCUUAACACAUAGCGAAGUCAAUCACAGUACCAACCUCAAUCGUGUUUGGUGUUGUGGUUGGUGUUAUUAAAUGCUUUAACACAAUGCCAAUUCUGGAUUUUAACACUCAGCCUAUAUCACCCAUUAUCACCCAUUGUAUUGGUGUGAAGAUUUCACUUUUCAAUCCCAGCAUCUGCCCCAUUUUAAGUUUGCUGCUGUGACUGGUGCUAUUGAUAACACCAACACUGGAUCUCAACACCAAAAAGUGAAAUCACUGUAUUGGUGAUGAGUGUGAUUUUCAGUCACAACACCAGCUCAUUUCAAGAUCAGUGUUAUGACAGGUGCUAUUGAUAAGACCAACACCAAAACUAAGACAGUGUUUCAACAUUAAAGUUUAAAUAACUAUUAUAUUGAUGAAACCUUAAUUUGUCAGUUGCAGCAACAACCUCAUUUCAAGUUUGACUCUACUGACAACUCCAACACUAACACUUGGUUUCAACACCAAAAAGUGAAAUCACUGUAUAGUAUAUUGGUGAAAAAUUUGAUUUUAAAACAACAGCGGCUUCAUUUUAAGUUAGGUGUCCUUACAGGUGCUAUUGAUAACGCCAGCACCAACACUAAGACAGUGUUUCAAUACCAAUUUUUAAAUCUAUGAUAUUGGUGAAAAGUUAAAUCCUGAGGUAAAAAUUUGAUAUAUUUCUUGUAAACAACAAUUUUGUUAGUUUUAAUUUCAAUGAAAUACAUUUAUAUAUCUAUUAUGAUGAAUGUGUCUAGGGAGCAGCAUUCAUAUUAUUCCCCAAGUCAAAUAAUGAAUCAAUUUCAUGUAUAAUUAAAAAACAUGUGUCCUACAAAUUAAAAACUUGUAUAUAUUAAUGUAAUAUAAUAUAGUAAUGAAAUAACUUAUUUUUAUUAAAAGUUUUGUGAACAGGAAGAUCCAUCAAUGUUUUUUACAUUACAUCUGUGUAAUUUUUCAAUUUAGUACAAAACAUUCAAUGUAAAUGCGAAUGAUGAAGACAGUGUGUCAAGUUCUGAUUUGUUGAUAAAACUGAAAUGAAGUGAUGAGCCAAAGAAAUUUUAAUCAUUGCUAUUAAAACUAUUAUGUCUACUACCAGUUAUCAAAUAUUUGAUCUCACUAUCACUCAGUCAAUUUACCUUUUCUUCAGAUUUCCAAUUAAAUUAUUUUCCCCAAAAAUAUUCACACUGGUAGUGACAGAUAGAAAAAAAACAAUAUUAUACCUAGCAUUUGAAUUGUAGCAAAUUAUCAUUUUUCUUGAAUAUAGUCAAAUUAGUUUAUAGAACUUGUUAAGAUGUAUGACAAAGAUAGGGGUAAAUGAUGGAUGGAUGGGAGAGAGAGAGAAGCACAGAGGUUAUCCAAGGAUCAAGAGAGAUUUACUUGACAUGGCAA